AUGGCGACAAACUCCUAUGUUCCUUUCAUUACGGUAUUUCUGAACAAGUUCCUGGAUAACAAGUCUAAAGGUUUUCUUCUUGAUGAGAUCGAUAUUGAUGAUAGUGACGCUAUUGAUGAUAGUGACAAUCUUGAUGCUAGUGACGAUAUCGAUCAUGACCUUGAUAUGGAGCUGGAACUGCUAACUAGGAUGAAUGGGCUAACUGUGGAUAUGAUGCCGGAAAUAGACCGAUUUUAUAUCACCCUUCAAUUCGAAUUAGCAAAAGCAAUGUCUUCUUGCAUAAUAUGGAUUCCAAACAUUCAUGAUCUGGAUGUGAAUGAGUCGAAUGACUUAUCCCUCGGUCUAUUAGUGAACCAUCUCUCCAGGGAUUGUGAAAGAUAUUCUACUAGAAAUAUUCUUGUUAUUGGUUCGACUCAUAUUCCCCAAAAAGUGGAUCCCGCUCUAAUAGCUCAAAAUAAAUUAAAUACAUGCAUUAAGAUAUGA